AAAAGGUUAUUGUGUACAGGGUGAAACAAAUUGUAUCCCAGUUUGAGACAAAACCUCAGUAUAAUUCUGUAUGAAUAAAACAAUCAUCAUGACUUCAAACAUAAUCUUAACAAUAUAAAAUGAUCUGUCUAUUGCUGGUGCUCUAAUGAGGUAGUGCAUCAAUAUCAGCAUGCUGGAAAAAUUUGAUGACCAGACACAUUUUUCAUAUGAAUAAACUAAUAAUCUGAAGAAAAAAACUAGUAAUUUGAAGAAAAAUGCCAGCGUGCGCAAUUAAACACUGUAAUAAUAAAUCAUCAGUAAAUAACAAGGCCUCUGGGAUAACAUAUCAUCGAUUUCCCACGGAUCCUUUUAUGUAUGACCAAUGGUUGCAUAUAGUGCGACUCCUUCAAGAAGAGAGUUACUGGAAACCACCAACAAAAUACACUGUGAUAUGUUCCAUACACUUUAAAGAGAGUGAUUUAUUUAUAGAUAAUGGUGGUGCAAAAAGAUUGCAUAAGACGGCUGUACCAAUGAGACCAAUGAGUGAAUUAUUUUUAUCAUCUACACUGCUUAAAAAUAAUUAUAUAACUACAGAAUUAAGCACAUCAGUUUCACCUGACAAAACUGCUGGUAAUGAAACUUCACCACCAGAUAACUUUUCUGGUAUUGAUUGUAUUAGUGUAGACAGUAGUAGCGAUAUAGACAUGGAGCAGAAAGUAAGCACCUUAGACAUGGAGUACAAUGAGCUCACAACUGACAAAACUGCUGGUAAUGAAACUUCACCACCAGAUAACUUUUCUGGUGUUGAUUGUAUUAGUGUAGACAGUACUAGUGAUAUAGACACGGAGCAGAAAGUAAGCACCUUAGACAUGGAGUACAAUGAGCUCACAACUGAAGACUACAACAACUACAAUAUUAGUUUUAAUACUGAAGAUUCAAAAAUAUUCAGAUUAGACCAAUGGAAUUCAAAGGUGUCUGCUAAAGUCUGUCGUACUUGCCUCGCAGUUGAUGUGAAAAUGUUUAACAUUGGACACUAUAAACUAAAACAAUACUACCAAAACCUGACUGGUAUACUGUUCAUUCAAGAAGACGUGUUACCAAAGAUGAUGUGUUGGGAGUGCGUAGCGAGGUUACAAAACGCUAACAGUUUCAGGGAGAAAGCACUGAGAUCUUAUGAUCUGUUACUGAAAAAUAUCAAGAGCAAAACCACUGUAUCGAUAACUGAUGUCCUAUCUAUAAACAGAGUGGGGAACGGACUGACGUCGGCGCUCGCGGUCGCUCACAUGAGUGACGUCAGCUGCGGGACGCACAGUGAUGACGUCACGACGAUAGAGGUGAAGGAGGAGGUAGACAUGUGGUCGGAGACAGAGGUCGUUGACAGCGAAGACCAGGAACAAACGGACCAAGAAGACCCUUUGAAAAAUCCCGAACAACAGGAUCAAGAAGACCGCUUGGAAGACCACAAACAACAGGAUCAAAAAAACCAUGAAGACCAUGAAAAACACGAUAAAGAAGGCCAAGAAGACGCCUUAGAUACGCGGUUGGCUCGGCGAUUGUCGUCAUCAUUCCAAACAUGCGACCCCGAGCGGCCAGCCCCAGCGAAAAAGACAACAAAAAGGAGGGCGCGGGGGGCGGGGCGAGCGGCGCAGAGGGCGGAGCUGGACAGCUCCAUCUUCAAGGUGGUGGCGGUGCCGAUGGAACGCGCGCUGGCGGAGGCGGCGAAGCGGGCGACACGCCCUCAGUACCGCGCCGCGCAGUACCGCUGCGACGUUUGCUACAAGACAUUCACCACGCCCACCGCAGAGGAGGAGCACGCUCUGCGGCACAGUGACGUGAUGGGCUUGUUCGAGUGUGCGGUGUGUCGGGGCCGGUGGCGCACGCGCAACGCGCUCGUCAAACACUUCACCGCUAGCCACAAGAUGGACCACAUCUGUAAGCUGUGCCCCUUCACCUCGAGACACAGGACAGCCGCGCGAGCACACGAGCGGUUUCACAAGGGCGUGAAGUUCCAGUGCUCGUUAUGCCCCAAGGAGUUCGUGUCUAAUUCGGCGUACCUGACCCACUUGCGGCUGAAGCACGUGUGCCGCCACCCGUGCGCGCUGUGCGGGUUCACCUUCCUCACGCGCCGUGGCGUCGAAAUGCACAGACUCAGGAAUCACAAGCGCCAUAAGGAUGUGGAGCUGACGGGCCCGUACUGCGCGGAGUGCGACGUGCGGUUCGCCAAUGACGACGCGCACGACCGUCACCUGCAGCUCAGCGCUGUUCACCGCCGAGAGGACGUACAGAAUUCCAGCCAGCCCUUCUACAAUAACUACUGUGACGCUGAAGAGAGGAAGUAUAGAGGGAAGAAUCAGAUGAAAUCCGAGCACACAAGGACCAAGCGAGCUAAACCCAAGCAACGCGCUCUGAUUUGCUGUGAGCAAUGCGGCGAAAAAUGCGAGGGUUACCGGGGGUACGUGCAACACUUCCGCCGCCAGCACCCCGGCUGCAACCGCACGCAGUACAGCGGCCCCGACCCAGUCAUGUGCGAGCACUGCGGCAGGGUCUUCCAGCACCCGUGCCUGCUGCGAGUGCACGCGGCCGAGCUCGUGGCCGGUAAGCUGUGCGGCGCGGGACGUGCGGGCGGACGAACGGACGCGUCGCGACGCUUGUACUCCUGUCCGAUAUGCCCCAAGCGCUUCACUGCGAAGAGCAACCGCUCCAGACACAUCGUUAGCAUUCACCAUGGAGCGGAGCGGCGUUUUCAAUGUUCCGUAUGCGACAAGCGGUUCUGGGAGCGCGGCGGGCUGCAGUCGCACUACGACCACGUGCACCUCAAGAAGCCGUGGCCGCAACGCACGCGCCCGCCGCGGCCCUGCCCCUCGCCCGCUACCGGUGAGACAACACUACACCGACAAGAGCUGGAAUCAGCCAGGAAGGACGCGAACGCCGAGAUUUAGUACUAGACGCAUUGUAAUAUUUUUGUAAUUUAACUAAGUAUAUUUAACAGGAUUAUCAAAGUAUUAUUUC